CGGCGCUUAGUGCAGUGCCUGGCACACAGGAAGCGCUUAACCGAUACCAUCGUUAUGGUUCUCAUUCUGGUCGCGGCGGCGCCGGCCAGCUCCCCGCCCGCUAAUGUCCGAAGCAAGCGCGUCCCCGUCGGAGAAGGCGCCCCGGCCGGCCAGGGCGUCCGGCUACGUGUGCUCCCUGUCGGAGGAGCUGGUCACCAAGGCCCGCGAGGAGCUGCAGGAGAAGCCCGAGUGGCGGCUCCGCGACGCCCAGGCCCUCCGCGACAUGGUGUGCAAAGACUACCCCAACCUGGCCACCUCGCUGGACGACGCCUUCUUGCUGCGCUUCCUCCGGGCCCGGAAGUUCGACUACGACCGCGCCCUGCAGCUGCUGGUCAACUACCACGGCUGCCGCCGCAGCUGGCCCGAGGUCUUCACCGACCUGAAGCCCUCCGCCCUGAAGGAAGUGCUGGACUCGGGCUUCCUCACCGUCCUGCCCCGGCCCGACCCCGAGGGCCGCCACGUCGUCUGCAUCCGUCCAGACCGCUGGGUCCCGAGUCGUUACCCCAUCACCGAGAACGUGCGGGCCAUUUACUUAACGCUGGAAAAACUCGUCCAGUCCGAGGAGACCCAGGUGAAUGGGAUUGUCAUCCUGGCCGACUACAAAGGAGUCAGCUUGUCCAAGGCUUCUCAUUUCGGGCCUUUCAUAGCCAAAAAGGUGAUUGGGAUUCUCCAGGACGGUUUCCCCAUUCGAAUAAAAGCUGUAAAUAUCGUGAAUGAACCUCGAAUCUUCAAAGGCAUUUUUGCUAUCGUAAAGCCAUUCUUGAAGGAGAAAAUAGCCAACAGAUUUUUCCUUCACGGCUCCGACCUGAAUUCCCUCCACUCGAACCUGCCCCGGGACAUCCUCCCCAGGGAAUACGGAGGCACGGCCGGAGAGCUGGACGUCACGGCUUGGAAGGAGGCCCUGCUGGCCUCCGAGGAGGAUUUCGUCAAGGAGUUCUGCCAGCCGGCCCCCCCGGGCGACGGCCACGGGCCCGCGGCCUCGCCGAGCGAAGGGCGGCCCCCCGAGGCCCAGGGAGACGAUCCCACGCGGGCGGUGAAAUCCCAGCUGUAUUCCUGCUAUUAGCACCCGCUCUUCCCCCCUCCCUCUCUCCCCACUCCCACCGCAGCCUCCGCGCUUUUCCUUCUCUGCCCAAGCCCACGAGGCGGCGGGGAAGCGAGGGCCUCCCCGGGACCGGAGCCGCCCCCCGGAAGCCGUCGCGGGAAAGUUCAACGGAACCCCGCGGGCAUCUCCCCAUCUGCAGGAGCAGUGAGCGGUUAACGAUCCCCGUCGAGGCCGAAAUAGAUCCCUCGGAGGAGGCGCGGGCGAAGCGGUCCGACCGUACGUUCCCAGUCGGGGACCAACCUGCAGGGAACUGGGACGGUCUGCCCCGGGGGAGGCCGGCCCGGAUCGGGAAGGAUCGUCGGGGCCGGUGGCGGAUUUGCCGGACGUCCUCUCCUCGACCCCUCCCUUGGGCCUACUAGGCUUUUACAGCCCCCAGUCGGGGCCUCGGCGCCCGCUCCGAGAAGGCCGUGGCGACGGUCGGCUUCGAGAGGCUAGAGAGGAUCGAUCGCCUUUCCUCGUUGAGGAUCCCAAACCCCUUGGCGAUCCCCGGCCGAGAUCCGGGCCUCCCUCCGGCCGACCGAGCGGAGCGGUCGUGUGGAGAGUCUUCCCGGGGCCCUCCGCCUCCCCGGGCCCCGGAUGAGGAGGCGGGCCCGGCUUCGGGCGGCCGCUCUUCGGCCCAUCCGCUGAGCUGCUCGGACCACCCGCCCGCCCUCUGGGCGGAUGCAGAUGGGGAGAAGAGUGCCAGUCGAGGCUGGGAGAAGGGGGAGGUCAGCCGCUCGGAGGCCUCGCCGCCCCGCCCCCGGGCUUCGUUCUGGGACCCCGGCCCUGCCGGCGCGAGGCCGGGAACGGAUUCCGGCAGAGGUUCCCCUCGGCCGCUCUGGAUUUUCACCUUUGGACGUCCGAAGGCAGACGGGGCGGGGGAUGUCCCUCCGAAAACCCAUCCUCAGAUUGCCCUCCGGGCGCAGAACUGGGGUCCGCGUGGGGCCGGGGGCGGCGAGGCCCACCAGCCCAGGGCCCACCCGGCCCUCUGGGGCGCUCCUCCGGCCGCCCCGGGUUGACCUGCGCUCUGGCUGCGAGUUUCAGCACUUUAGAGCCUCGAUAUAUAGAGAUCGGGCCUCAGCUCUAAUGUCAAGCGAGGGUGUGUGUCCGGUGUCCUUGCGUGUGGUGUCUUUCGGGCGGGGGCUGUUUUGGUUUUCCCACAUACAUUCCAUAUAAACGUGGCGUCGGUCGGGACCUGGUGUUCGGUGUCCGGGGGCCCCCUCAUCGAGCGGAGGGAUCCUCGUGACCCGAGAAUCGUCUUUACCGUCAUAGUCCGUCUCUCUAGCACUUUCCAAGACCUCGGGACGGGUCACCGGCGAGAGCCCACCUAGUUACCUCCUCCUCCCUCCGUGCCGACUCUCGGACACGGGGGGGAACUCCUCUCCUCGUAAAUACGUGCCAGCGGGUCUCCCGGGGCUGCCCGUUCAACCUCUUCGAGUGCCAAAGCGCGUGUGCUCGGACGUUUUCCCUCCGACAGCGUGACCCGUGUUGCCAAAAGGGUGGGUCGCGGCCGUCCGUCCGGGCCUCCGAAUUCUCGGUCAGUGCCCAAGAGGAAGGGAAGCGGCGUGGCGGAUCUAGGUUGGAGAAGGGCAGAGGAUGAGGGUCUUCGGGGUGAGGAGAGUUUAGAAAGCCUUAGCCGGCCUCCGUCUGGUACCAGCAAGAAGCAGGGAACUUAACUCCAAAGAUCGACCUAAAAGGAUAAAGGGCUUUAGCCCCGGCACCCGGUGGAUGCGUGUCCUCUUUUCUUUCCCCCCGAGUCACGUCCGUGUCGGUUAAUCCCGGAAGCCGGACAAGAGGAAAGCCGGGUAUCUUAAAAAGGAGCGGAUAUGAAUCGUUAGUGCGGUUUGGUUGCGGGGUGGGUCGUUUGCCCCCAUCUCGCUCCGGCGACGGCGUCAGCCGUUCUCGUCCCGGAAGAGUUCGUGGUGAUGAAAGACCUCUUCCUUGGUUUGAAGCAGCUAAAGUUCGGCCUUUCCCAGGGCCCAGAACGAUGCAUUGAGAUGUGGGUGUUCAAAGAGGGAGCUUUCAGCUUUUCAUAUACUGGGAAACUGUCCCCGUCACUUAGCUGACAUGGGGGAGAAACGUGGAAAAGGAUUGAGGCCUCUUAGGACGUAGCAUCGACUCAUCUUUCCAGAGGCGGUUUUUUUUUUUUUUUUUUUUUUUACUGCCGAGGACCCUUGGAUCCACGUAAAGCGAAUGUCACAACUUCUCGGUGACCGAGAGAGCGAGGAGAGCUCUUUGGCAGAGGGCUUCUUUCUCAGUCGGGGGCAGAAGCGAAGGGGAGGUGGCGACUUUUCCCCGGCUUCUAAUUGCCAGGAGAGGCGUUGACGGUACGGCUAACUGGUUCGGCUCGCACCGGGAAAGUCGGAAGUUUCUUUCGUAGUUUCUCCGAGCUGGAAAAGAAGAUGCGGCGUCUGGUACGGUAAGCCGCUCGUGAGCAGAAAGAUAGUUGCCCUUUGAGUGGGUUAACCUGCAGGUAGCUUGCUUUUCCAAGGGAAGACAGUUGUCUUCCCUGGCAGUUAUAUUUUCCUUACAUUUUUCUCUCAAAGCAGCCUUUCCGAACCCUCUUUGCAUUUUUCUCCCAAAACGCCGGGAGAGUCAACCUCUGCGAACUCUCCUUACGUUUUUCUCCUUAGGUUUUUCUCUCAAGGCGCCGGGAGAGUCAACCUUUCCAGACUCUCUCCCGCCGCGCAAAGUUCUUCAGUUCGCAGCCGCGCUUGGCAUUCCGGUAUCGUCGCAGUCAAUACCUCAUCUCUGUCUCCGAACCGCUCGAGGUUCUCGGCGAAAUAUCUCUCAGCAGCUCUUAAUACGGGCCGGGGAGCUUCCUUGGAAGAAGGGCUCCGCCCAUCUGCCGCGGAGGGGCCGGAGGGAAGGUGGGCGGAUUAGCAGAGCGGUGGCCCGCGCGGGAGAGAGGAACCAAACCCAGCGCCCGUGUUGGGAAAGAGGUCGACACUGUGCCCUUUCGGGUCUCGGGCGAUUUGGGGCCGGGCCCACGUUAACAGGCUUUAAAAAAGGAAUCAGCAUCUUCACCACGGAGAACCGAAAAGGUUCGUGGGGGCAAUAAAUCGAAUGCUGUUUCAGAUGGGCCCGGUCCCGGCGGCGUAUCGUGCUCCUUCCCUACGUGCUCCUGAUGGAAUACUUGAAUCCGGGCCCGGGGGGAAGGCGAGCGGGCCUCACCUCCGCCGGGGGCACGAGGUCGGGCACGUCUCGCCCGACCAGACUCGGUUCCGUUUACGUUCCUUGUUUCCGAGCGACGGUCUGGCUUUGGGUGUCGAGCGUGCGCAGCGUGGCGGAUUUCGUUUACAUCUGUGUUUCUUUUGACCAAAUGUUUAUUUUUAUAACGCAUUUUCUAAAGCGGAGUGGUUAAAAUGUUCAACUUUAUUCUGCAUGACUGGGUCUUAAAACAAUUCAAAAUAAUAAUGCUAAUAAUAAUAAACCUCUGUAGGAUCGA